AUGCCCAACGAAUCCCGUGAUGAUGCUGGCACUGGGCCCUCGAGACCCCCUGCUGGGGGUCCAAGCUCAAGCGCCGUGUUCACCUUCAUGCCAUCCCAGGUCGCCUAUCUGCGGGAGGCGAUGGAAGAGUACCGUGAGUUGAACGGCGCUGGGAUAAAGGCCAAGUUUGCUACCAAUGUCGCAGACACUCUCAUCCGAGAGAUCCAUGAAUUGUCUGGCGUAGACUGUCCACAGAGGGUCAGGGUCAAGGGUCGGUUGCUUGCUGACCCUGACCCUGGGUCUGGCGUAAAGCCGUCAGACAGGAGGAAGGCGCUGCUAGAGCAGGCUGUGACCCAGUGGUUCGAAGACAAUGGGAGGGUGGAUAUCAGGAAACCUAAACGCAUGUGGGCGUUUCGAUGGAACGCUCGACGGGUAUUUGGAUCUAUCCACUCCGGCAUAGUCAAGUUCGUCGCCCAACUCCUCCUCGACAACAAACCGAUCCCCAACCUGCGCAAACUAUAUGAUGAAGAGGAGGCUUUUUUGGCCAGAGAAGGUAUCGACAACAACGACAUGCUGGGCGAAGAGGAGCAGGAAGAGUAUGUUAUGGGCAGCCUAGGAGAGAGUGGGGAGGAGGAUGGGGAUGUAGAAGACGAGGGGAUAGAAGAGACGCCCAAAAGAAAGAAACCGGGGAAACGGGAGAGGAAGAAGGGAAGAGGGGGUGGGACGAACAUGCCCACAUACUUUGUGACAGAUCGAGAAGUACGAACAUAUCUGCAUGGAAUGGAGGGAAGUCGGGCCAAGGCCUCAACCGCCACCCCGACUACCUCCAAUCCCAAGUCCUCUGCGACUUCCGAUGGCAAAUCAUCUACCAAAGGCACCAAGCAGGCAGCCUCAUCGCAACGGAAGGCUUCGAAAGCGGACGAAUCCUCGAAGGCCGAUAAAACAUCGACCCAGGAGAAGGGUGCUGGAAAGCGGAAGGGGAAGUCGGGCGUGAAAGAGGCGAAGACUGGCAAAGGAAGGGCAGCCUCCAAGUCAACGAAGAAGAACCCGAUGGCGAAGCAAGUGGGAGGCGGUGGGGAAGGGCGGGAGUCAUCGGGUGGCUCUGACGAGGAGGAGGAGGAGGAGGAGGAGGAGGAUAGCGGAAGUGACGUGGACGACUACGACGGGGGAGCUUCGCGGAAAUCGGUCAAGAAUGUGCCUCGACGCAAUACCCGUCGAAAGGUCACAUCUAAAGCGAUCAUCGACACCAGUACCGAGGAGUCUUCGGACACCGACUCGAGCGACAAUGACUACAGCCCCAGUGGAAGCUCGUACAAACAAACAUCUCUUCAGGCGGGUGGUCACCCUACACGGAACAGUGCAUUCGGUGAUGCUACAGGUAGCGGGAACGAGAUCGAACAGCCCAAGCUCCCAGCAGACGAUGCCUUGCGGGGGUCGGACACCCAGGUUGUCCCAAUAGGCGCUCCGGGGAAAACAAAUCCCCUCACGCUGCUAACCGCUGAACCCACUGUUCCUCAAAAACGCGUUGCGGACAACAAUCAAGACGAACAAAUCGCGGAGAAGAGACCCAGGACGGACGCGGAUCCGAGUUCAGCUAUCGCGGCCACGACAGUUACUCCUGUCCUCAGUGCGAGAGAAGAUGGUUCCAACGGCCCAAGUGCUAGGACGGGGCCCACUCAUCAUCCACUCCAGCAGACUGCUUUUGCCGAACAGGCCUUGCCCAGCGGAUCCGGGUCUCAUCAACAAUUUCAGCACCCUCCUCUGGCGGAGCAGAUGGCGUCACGGGACGACCAUGCCCUCGGAUUUGCACAUGGUCAGCCUCCUCGGGCGUACGGCGACAAUCCUAGUGCCUGGGCCCCUCUUGCGACGAAUGACGAACAUGCGGAGGAGUCGAUUGUCUCAACCCAUGACGCCAGCCGCGGUUCACAUACGGCUCUUCCACCUCGUCCUCAGUGCGUGCCUCCUCAUGGCCAACCCCUACAUACCCAGCUUCGUCAGCAGACCCUUCCCACCCAUGGCCAGCCCCCGCCCCAACCGACGCUCCAAAGUCAGCAUCAUCGUUCCCUUCAGGCUCCACCUACCAGAUACCCGCCUCAGCCGCCUAUUCCAUCUCAACCUCCAUUACCCCCUUCGCAAAGACCUUCCCAUCCAUCCCAGCCCGUGCAGGGUCCGUACCAAGGCAAUUGGGGUCAUCAUCAGCCAACUAAUCCUGCGUGGCCGCAAGGACAGUACCCAGCUCAAUGGCAGUCGAGUGGUCCGUUCCAAAACCUUCAUUCAAAUCAAGAGUCAAUGUCGCUCGAAACUCGCCCGGACCACUUUCAUUCAUCCAUGUCGUUUGGAGGCCGCCCACAUCCCAAUGCGUCCGCCCAAUGGGCUCAUAUGCAGGAAUACUCCGACCCUAGAUAUGCUUCAUAUGCUCCGCUGUCAAACCCAUACCAGUCCGCUUAUCACCAGGAACAGGCAGCUCGGGGCCAGCAGCCAGCAUUUGAAGUGGAGGCAGGUCAACGCGGUCAUGUUUUGUCGCACACCCCAUACGACGCGCAUUACAAUCCCAACGCUAUAGGCCCAUCUCCCCCCGGGGACCGGAUUUCACAGAACCCGCUCCCGCCUCAUUAG